GGGGAAAAUAAGCUGGAGUGUGUAUGUGUAGUGUUGUACUGUAUUCGUUUGAUUUGUGAGAGUUUUGGUCAGAGAAAUGGAAAGUGUGUGAGAAUAAAGUUAGUUAUUGAGAAAGUUUUCACUAGGUUCAAUAUUGUCUUGAUGAACAGUCAGCUGUAGCGUUAACUAACAGCUUGCACUGCUUAGACACACAUACAUCGAAAGCUUUGUGCAGCUCAUGUCUCUCUGCGGCGGUAUGGAAAUGUACUUAAGAGGAAUUUGAAGCUUGUAUCCCUGGAGGAACUUCACCAGGGUCUGUAACGGUUUUUGUGUAUUCAGCAAACGCACGAGCGUGUGGACAGUCGUGUGCCAAGAGUUCGCUGUUUUCAGCUACUUUACUAACUUUAAGCGUAGUCUCAGGGUUUUAACACGCCGGUUUAUGUAAAAAUAAAUAAACAAACAAACAAACAAACAAACAAACAAAAAUAGUAAAUGUUUUGCUUUAUAUAGCGUUUAGUUGGGUGUGAUGAGAGUUAAGAGUUUCGUAACAGUCCGAAAAUAACAAAUGUGACUCGAGCUAGGCAAACUGACACUGCAGUUUAUACUUUCUGUCUUGGCACGUCUAGAUUCAGAUUUCACCCCCGUGUUUUUUCCUCUCUUAUAAACGAUGUUUUAAUUAGAUUAAAUACUAGUGUGUUUCUGAAGCUGUUUAAUUGUGACCUUUGUUGACAUUAUUUUAAGUGGUGGAAAUGAUUCUACGUGAUAUUUACGUUCACUGUAUGUGUGUGUUUCCGAAGUUUACACAGCUCGAGUUACUGUCAAACAGCCGUUUACUUUGCCUGGCUUUGCAGUGACAGACAGCAGACGAAGGGACGCGCUCGGAACUGAGACAUUAUGACUGGGGUAGAGGAGGUGCCACUGUGUCGUCCUUCUCAUGAUUCAAGCAGGGUGGAUGAGUUAAGCCCUGACACAAACGGAGUUGCUCCAUGUGCUGUGGAGGAAGAUCUCAAACCUGAGGAGGAAGAGCUAUUCCCAGAAGGAGCUCGGCCCAUACAGAUAGUUGUUGCAAAUCAGGAUGACCAUAAAUUUGAAUUAGAUGCUGGGGCGUUGGAGAAGAUCCUAAUGCAAGAUCAUAUCAAGCACCUCAAUGCGGUUGUGCUCUCUGUGGCUGGUGCUUUUCGCAAGGGCAAAUCCUUCCUGCUAGACUUCAUGCUACGCUAUUUUCACAAUCAGUCAUCUGAGUCAUGGAUGGGAGGAGAUGAUGAGCCACUAACAGGUUUCUCCUGGAGGGGGGGUUGUGAGAGAGAGACAACAGGAAUACAGGCCUGGAGUGAAGUGUUUGUGGUGGAAAAGCCUGAUGGCAGUAAGGUUGCUGUCUUGCUGGUUGAUACUCAGGGAGCUUUUGACAGUCAUUCCACUAUUAAAGACUGUGCUACAGUUUUUGCCCUUAGCACUAUGACGAGCUCCAUACAGGUUUAUAAUCUUUCACAGAAUAUUCAAGAAGAUGACCUUCAGAAUCUCCAGCUUUUUACAGAAUAUGGUCGCUUGGCAAUGGAGGAGGUCUAUGAAAAACCAUUUCAGAAACUGCUGUUUCUGAUCAGAGAUUGGUGUUACCCCUAUGAGCAUGAGUAUGGACUUGAUGGAGGGAAUAACUUCUUGGAACGGCGACUACAGGUGAAACAGAACCAGCACGAAGAGCUACAGAAUGUGAGGAAGCACAUCCACUCAUGUUUCUCAAGCAUCGACUGUUUUCUACUGCCUCACCCAGGCCUGAAGGUUGCAACCAAUCCCUACUUUGAUGGCAGACUGAGAGAUAUUGAUGGGGAUUUUAAGAAGGAGCUGCAGAACCUGGUGCCUUUACUACUGGCCCCUGAGAACCUGGUGGAGAAAGAGAUUAAUGGUGCCAAGGUUACAUGCAGGGACCUACUGGAGUAUUUCAAGGCAUACAUCAAAAUCUACCAAGGUGAGGAGCUCCCUCAUCCAAAGUCUAUGUUACAGGCAACUGCUGAAGCCAACAACUUGACCGCUGUGGCGGGGGCAAAGGACGCUUACAGCCGGACCAUGGAGCAGAUAUGUGGUGGAGACAAACCAUACAUUGCACCAGUUGACCUCCAGCGCUAUCAUGAUGAUCUAAAGCAAACCUCUGUCCAGCAGUUCCGUGCUGUUAAGAAAAUGGGAGGUGUUGAGUUUAGCCAACGGUACCAGGAACAGCUGGAGUCUGAGCUUGAUGAAGCUUAUGCUAAUUUCAUCAAGCACAAUGAAAGCAAGAACAUUUUCUAUGCAGCAAGGACUCCUGCAACGUUGUUUGCUGUCAUGUUUGCUGCCUACAUAAUCUCAACAGUAACAGGGUUCAUCGGUUUAUCAGUGAUCGCUGUCCUGGCCAAUCUUGUGAUGGGGGUGUCCUUGACGUCACUGUGUGCAUGGGCGUAUGUGAGAUAUUCAGGCGAAUAUCGAGAAGUGGGCGUGGCUAUAGACCUUACAGCAGAAGCCUUGUGGGAGCAGGUGCUGAAGCCACUGACUGAACAAUACAUGGAGGAAAAUAUUCGCCAGACUGUAGUGAACUCUAUAAGAGCCAGUCUGACUGAACAAGUGAAGCAAACUGCAAAGUUAAAAACCAACUGACAGCGUGCUGUCUCAUAUGUCUCUCCUGUUCAGUGUGUACAGAAUGUGUUUUUGCACAGUUUUAUUGUGGACUCUUAUACCCUUAGGUUGAACAGUUAAAACCAAAGUUUACAACCCAGACUAGACAUGAUAUACACAUAUAGUGAGUGUCUGAACCUUUGUCACUAUAAUGUAACGAAACACAGGCAUACCUCCUGUGGGUUUUUUUUCUUCUUCUUUUAGAAGUAGCCAUAAAAAAAUCAAUCAGAAAAAGUUUUGUCCAUUUUACUAGUUUCAGUUAAUGCCUGGGUCCUUUUAGAUUUAUUAAUUCAUUUAUGUGUUUGAAUUUAUAUUUGUCCCGUUUCAAUAUUGUCUGACUGCUCACUAUGACAAUUUUUAAUUGUUUGUUUAAAAAAUGACUCCUUCAGUAAAUGCACUACUGCAGAUUGUAAAACCACGCAGAACUGCUCUAUACCAGUCUCCUCCCUCUACACUUUCAAUUGUAUCAUAACCCCCAGCAUGUACAUGAAUGUAUAAAUAGUUUUUAUUAUAUUUCUAGAAAAUGGGAGGGGUGGGUUAGUAGAUAAUUGAGUAAUUAGAGAUUGUUCUACACUGUAUAUAAAUUCAUCUGCUCAUUUACUGCCAUAGUACUUGUCACAUCAUGCACAACCUUACAUUGGAAUGUGUGGGAUAACUUGCUUUGUCUGCCUUUUAAGGAUGUGUUGUAAUUUAUUUUUUAAGUGAUUAAAAAUAUUUAAAUAACUUACCUGUGGUUUUUACUCUGCCAGAUCUACUAUUUGUUUUUAGGAUUAUCCUAAAAGUUAAUAAGUUUAAGUCUAAGCUUUUCAGGCGUGUAUUGAGUCCGUCUCUAUGCUGCCAGGAUGUUUGAGUGUGUAAAAGGUUAUGCCUGUAGCUGUUGGGGUUUCAGUUAAGGGGCUUUGUACUGACUAGAAGGCCGUUGAUGAAUGCACAAUAAUCCUUUUUGCUCCUUUAUGGCACAGCUAUGGCCAUGUUUCUAUGGCGACAGACAUUUUAAACAGUUUGAACAAUAGGGUUCGAGUGGCUCCAUAGCCUAGUUUCACAGGCAGCAGAGGCAACCGCAAGACUGAAAAGGUAAGGAAAGGAAAAAAAUAUAUAUAUAUGCUUAAAAAAUUGCAUUAACAUGAUGUUUAGAUAACAACAGCUCAACUAAAGUGCCAAAAACCAAGCAUUUAAGCU